AUGUUCCUUUUGGGGCAGAUGCUGUUUGGAGGGGUGCCCAAUGAGUUUCCCGAGAUCAAGUUCCUGCGUUCCCCAUUUGACAUCAACUGUCGGCUGUCACCCUGCUGGAGCCUGAAGCAGGAUAUGGAAAGGUUCGCCUCACUAGGUGGGGAGAUGACGUCCGUGGCCCAUUCACUUCACGAUGGAGUUGAAACGGCUUUCAUGCAACUCAAUCAGGGUCUGUUAACCUUUGAGGACGUGGCUGUGUAUUUUGAUGAGGAGGAUUUGGUGCUGUUGGAUCCGGACCAAAGGGCCCUCCAUCGAGCAGUCAUGGAGGAGAACUUCUGGAAUGUGGUCUCUCUGGGUAAGCCUUGCCAUUUUUCCCCUCUUGGUUGAGUUUUCAUGGCA